AUGGCUGUUCUUUUGGCUUUUUUAUGCUUAAUUGGUGUUUGUAAUGUUUUCGGAAACCAAAGAGUAUAUUCAGACAACAUCACCCGUAUCCUGGACCGGCUUCUGGAAGGCUAUGACAACAGACUACGGCCUGGAUCAGGAGGUACUGUCACUGAAGUCAAAACAGACAUAUUUGUCACUAGUUUUGGACCAGUCUCAGAUGUUGAGAUGGAGUACACCAUGGAUAUGUUCUUCCGUCAAAUGUGGGUGGAUGAGAGACUGAAAUUUGAGGGUCCCAUUGAGAUUUUGCGCCUCAACAACCGUAUGGUGGACAAGAUAUGGACCCCUGACACUUUCUUCCGCAACUCAAAGAAAUCCCUUGCCCAUAACAUGACCACUCCUAACAAGCUGUUCCGCAUCAUGCAAAAUGGAACAGUGCUCUACACCAUGAGGCUGACCAUAAGGGCAGAAUGCCCAAUGAAACUGAUGGACUUCCCUAUGGAUGGACACGCUUGUCCUCUCAAAUUCGGAAGCUAUGCCUACACUAAUCGGGAAAUCAUCUACACUUGGAGAAAAGGUCUGCAGUUAUCAGUGGAUGUGCCAAAGGAAUCUUCGAGUUUGCUGCAGUAUGAUCUAGUUGGACAGACCUUGUCCAGUGAGACAUUUAAGAUAAACACAGGUCAUUAUUCGGUCCAGGUUGUCCAUUUUCUUCUUCAAAGGAAGCUGGGUUACUACCUGAUUCAAACAUACAUACCACUGAUUAUGGUGGUUGUGCUGUCACAAGUGCCAUUCUGGAUCAAUAAAGAGUCUGUUCCUGCUCGCACUGUGGCCGGGGUCACAACUGUUCUGACCAUGACCACGCUGAGUAUCAGUGCACGCCAGUCUCUGCCCAAGGUCUCCUACGCUACAGCCAUGGACUGGUUCAUAGCUGUCUGUUUCGCUUUCGUGGCUUCCGCCCUGAUUGAGUUUGCAGCAGUGAACUAUUGUGCCACUCUGGAGGCCAACAGAUGGAAACGUAGGAUCUCCAGGGUGUCUGUGCCGGACACCGCCACCCAAGGCAGCGAUGACGAGGCCACAUCGCCACAGUCAGACAGCAGUGACCACACGAGUGGCCUGAAGAAGAGACUAAAUUCUUUGUCACAUGAUGGCACCUAUCGAGCGCCCAUCUUCCUCCAGCAAGGCUCAGCUGUCCCUCCCAACAUGAUGCUAGCUGGCACCAGCCCCAUUGAUAAAUAUGCCCGUAUUCUCUUUCCCAUGGCGUUUGGUGUCUUCAAUCUGGUCUACUGGUUCAUCUACUUAAGCAAAGACAAUAUGGAAAAGGCCAGAGAGAUUGACUGA